AUGAAAUUCGGACAACGUAUCAGGUCCACCCUCUACGCAGAAUGGUCCGACCAAUACCUCGAUUACAACGGCCUCAAACGAGACCUCAAAGAUAACGCGGGGAACGGACCUCAGGGGAUGAGGAGGUGGACAGAGGGGGACGAGGCGGCUUUCGUGAAAAGGUUGGAGAAGGAGCUUUUGAAGUGUGAGAGGUUUCAGGUGGGCAAGGCCGACGAACUAUCUACGAAGAUCACCUCCCUCGAACAUCAAGUCACUCAGCUCGUCCAGUCUUACGAUCAGAGUCAGAUCCAGUUGGACCCCCAGUCCCAGGCCCAAUCACAAUCCCAAUCCCAAUCACAGGUCGACGAAGAUUUUGCCGCCGAAGCCGAUCAAGACGAAGAUGAUGAGGAGGAGGAUGAGGAAGAUGAGAGGGCACGAGACGAUGACGACGCCAUGAGCGAAGCUUCUUACGACGAAAAGUUCAAGGACUUGGAGGAAGAGGUGGCUACGCUCGUAGCGGAUGUGCAUGAUCUAGCGCUUUAUACGAAGUUGAAUUUUACGGGGUUUGUCAAGAUCGUCAAGGUGAGCCGUAAAGUCACCGGGUUCAACCUCAAGUCGUAUUUCAGCGCCGAAUACCUGGACAAGCAUCCUUUCUACAAGUACAACUACGACGGCCUGAUCGUCAAGCUCUCUCGGUUGUUCGAUCUGGUCAGGACGCGUGGACACCCGAUCGAAGGUGAUUCGGCGGCGGGUGGGACGCAGAACGCGUUUGUUAGGAGUACGACCAAGUAUUGGGUUCACGAGGACAAUAUCGUGCAUCUCAAGUUGGCCAUUCUCAAGCAGCUUCCCGUACUAGUCUUCAACCCUAGCAAAGAGUUUGAAGUCAAGGACUCUGCCAUCACGUCCAUCUACUUUGACAACGAGGGGCUCGAGCUCUACUUGGGUCGUUUGGAAAAGACCGAGGGGGCCGAAGCUAUUCGAUUGCGAUGGUACGGAGACGUCAGCAACAAGACCAUCUUUGUCGAGCGAAAGACCCACCGAGAAGACUGGACCGGAGAGAAAUCCGUCAAGGCUAGAUUCGCCAUCGCCGAACACAAGGCCAACGACUUUAUCGCCGGUCGAUUGACCAUGGACGACGAAUUUGACGAACUGGUCAAGCGUGGGAAAAAGACGGUCAAGGAGGUCGAUAGCAUGAAGCAGUUGGCCAACGAGGUGCAGUACGCCAUCUUGACCCGAGCUCUCUCGCCAGUCAUGCGAUCGUUCUACAACCGGACGGCUUUCCAACUUCCUGGAGAUGCCCGAGUGCGAAUCUCGCUCGACACCGAGUUGACCAUGGUCAGGGAAGACGACUUUGACGGCAAGCCCCGUGCCGGGAAGAACUGGCGACGGACCGACAUGGGGAUCGAUUUCCCGUUCGACGAGGUGGAUGCCAAGGACAAGGAGGUAUUUCCCUAUGCCGUCCUGGAGGUCAAGUUGCAGACGCAGUUGGGUCAGGAGCCGCCUACCUGGGUGACCGAUCUCGUCCAUAGCAACUUGGUCACCCCCGUUCCCAAGUUCUCCAAGUUCAUCCAUGGAUGUGCCACCUUGCUGCCCGAGCGAGUCGAGCUGAUUCCCUUCUGGCAACCUCAAAUGGACCGAGACAUUCGCCGACCUGCCGACCCCGAGACCGCUAAAAAGGUGGCCAUCGAACGACCCCAUAGCGCCAACGUCAGCUCGACGUCGGGUACCAACUCGGUCCCCAGCCCGACUCAGCGAUAUGAAGAGCCCAACAGCGAAGGCGAGGACGAUGAAUAUCUUGUGCACCCGAGUCACAACGAGGUCAAGCGCCUGAACUUGCCUCCCGAGCUCAUCAGGCAGGCACAAGAGGCUCGUGAGGAGCGAGAAAACAAUCUAAAAGAGUUGGCCGCCACUGGCAAAGCCCCUCAACCCGUACGGAGAGAAUCGACCGCCAGUCAGCGAGAUUAUGGCUUGCGUCUCGAUAUCGACCCUCUGCAGCCCAGUCGGUCUUACGACAAGAAGUACUCGCUUCUCGACCCUCGAAGCCUGCAGAAGCUUUUCAAGGCCAAGCAGUCGGACCAGAACGACCGACAGCCUCCUCUUGCGGAAGAGGGCGAGAGCGACGACGAGGCUCGUCCCUUGCCUGAAGGAAACGGGGUCGAGUAUACGCGUGUCCAUGCGCCGGCGGACAAGCGGAUAGCGAUUCCCGUCAGGAUAGAACCCAAGGUCAUCUUUGCAAAUGAGCGAACCUUCCUCAAGUGGUUACACUUUGGUAUCCUGAUCGGAGGUAUCGCCACCACCUUGCUCAACUUUAUCGAGCCAACCGACCGGAUCGGCCUCAUCUCGGCGGGCAUGUUCACCCUGACCGCCUUGCUCUCCCUUGCUUACGCCGCAGGGAUGUACACCUGGCGGGUCUUCAAACUGCGACGACGUGAUGCGGGCAACUACCACGACCCUUAUGGUCCCACGUUCCUCUGCGCGGUGUUGGUCGCUUCCGUCCUGGUCAACUUGAUCCUGCGUCUCAAGCAGCUGUGA